AAACUCAGCAAACCUCUUUUCUUUCUCCUAAAUAAAUCUGAAUAAGAACUUGAAUCAACUCCCGUCAUUCUUGUGUCAUCCUUCGUGAAAAUCAGUGAAAAUGGUGGUCUUAUUAACAUUAUUCUUUAUCAAAACUUGCGCUUGCGUAACUAUGCCUGUUAUACUUAUAGAUCCACAAACUGUUUUGAAUCCAGACAUUUCUAACAACCCCUUCGACGUUAUGUCUUCCGAGAAUUUUGCUUCUAUCGCCCUUGACGCCAUACAUAAAGGGGACAGCGUACUCAUUUUCGUGGAAGAAAAAUUUAGCGUAGAAGACAUAGCUUCAAAAGAUAAGCUCGGCAAUCCGUACAGCUAUAUACAUAAGAACUUUCUAGAAGAUAAAGCGAAAUAUAUGCCUAGAGUUGUAGAACCGUUUAAGACUUUACAGAGGAUUCUACCCCUGAAAAGGGAUAAUGUCAUGAAUACUGCAACCAUGAACUUUGAUGAUAGAUAUAAGUAUCAUUAUAUACAUUUUGAGGAGGGUAAAGAUAAGGAAACUAGAGUACAGACGCUGAGGCGACAUGAUGAUUAUAUUAAGAAUGCUUUCAUGUAUUGUCGGUCGAAGCAUAAAGGUAUGUUUUUCGAGUUUUUUAAGCAAUAUCCCUAUAAGCAUCCUCACAUCCUUAGCUACUACGGUCACGUUACGCGCAGGGAAGACGACGCAAUGGAGAGGCUGGUUGUUCAGGGCAGAGUGGAUGGCACAAGACCCAGAUUGCGGCUGACCAAGUGAAAGCUCUCACCGGGUCACCUCUGAAUCUGUGCACGCGGCAGGCAAUAAAUAGAGAAGCAUGUCGGGAAACAGCGAAAGAAGCCGUACAACGACCGCAAUGACCACGACUACUCUGACAAGAGUAUACGAGUAAGAAGAGAGGAGAAAUCCCUAUAAGUAUCAGUAAACGUAAUGUAAUGACAUGCUGCAAAUCAGCGGCAUUCACUGUUAUGCUGA